AAGAUGUUUGGACUGUCCCAUGGUCAUCUCAGUGAAGGCUGACUUUGUGAAGGCUUGCAGACCACCCUGUGUUCUCAAUGAGGGCAGACUGAAUACUUCUUGCCAGCCAUUCUGUGCUCUCCGCGGUGAGGGCAGACACUGCGGUCCAUCCUGCGUUCUCAGUGACGGCAGACACUGAAUACUCGUAAGCCAUCCUGUGCGCUCGUUAGUGAAGGUAGACACUGAAAUACACAGGCCAUCCUUUGCUCUCUUCCAUGAGGGCAGACACUGAAGACAUGCCUGCUGUCCUGUGCUCUCUUUGGAGAGGGUAAAUACUGUGAAUACUCGCAAUAUAUCCUGUGUUCCCUUCAGUGAGGGCAGUCAUUGUGAAGAAACAAGGAUCCAUCCUGUGCCCUCCUCGGUGAGGGCAGACACUGUGAAGACACGCGGGCUGUCCUGCACUCUCCUCGGUGAGAGCAGACACUGAAGACGUGUGCCCUGUCCUAUGGUCACCUCAGUGAAGGCAGACUUUGUGAAGACACGUGGGCCAUCCUGUGUUCUCCUAAAUGAGGGCAGACACUGUGAAUACUCGUAAGCCAUCCUGUGCUCUCCUGUAUGAGGGCAGACACUGAUGAAACAAGGAGCCGUCCUGUGCUCUCCUCGGUGAUGGCAGUCCCUGUGAAGAUGCUCCAGCUGUCCUGUCUCUUCUCAGUGAGGGCAGACAUUGUGAAGACAUGUGUGCCAACAUUUGCUUUCCAUGGUUGGGACAGACUGAAGACUCGGGAGCUGUCCUGUGCUGUCCUCGGUGAGGGCAGACACUGAGAAGAUUCGCGGACUGUACUAUACUCUCCUGGGUGAGGGCAGACAUCGUGAAGACAUACAGGCUGUCCUGUGCUCUCCUUGGUGAGGGCAAACAUUUUGAAGACACAAGGGCCGUCCUUGGCUCUCCUAGGUCGAGAAGCAGCUCCAGCUGGGAUGGCUCCAGCAUCUCCGAGGGCCACAGGGCUCCAGCCCCGCGGGUGACACCCUAGACCUCCAGCAGCUGGCCAUCUGUGCUACUGUAGGCCAGUCCUCAGACCACUCACCAUGGGUGGCUGCUUUUCCAAGCCCAAACCAGUGGAACUCAAGAUUGAGGUGGUGCUCCCAGAGAAGGAGAGGGGCAAGGAGGAGCUGUCAGCCAGUGGGAAGGGCAGCCCCCGGUCUUACCAGGGCAAUGGCACAGCCCGCCACUUCCACGAAGAGGAGCGCCUGUCAGCCCCACACCCCUACCCCAGCUCUCAAGACUGCGUGGAGGCCGCCGUUUGCCAUGUCAAAGACCUCGAGAAUGGCCAGAUGCGAGAAGUGGAGCUGGGCUUGGGGAAAGUGUUGCUGGUGAAGGACAAUGGAGAAUUCCACGCUCUGGGCCACAAGUGUCCUCACUAUGGGGCACCUCUUGUGAAAGGUGUACUGUCCCGUGGCCGGGUACGCUGCCCUUGGCAUGGCGCUUGCUUCAAUAUCAGUACCGGAGACCUGGAGGACUUCCCAGGCCUGGACAGUCUGCACAAGUUCCAGGUGAAGAUAGAGAAGGAGAAGGUGUAUGUCCGGGCCAGCAAGCAGGCCCUGCAAAUACAACGAAGGACAAAGGUGAUGGCCAAGUGUAUCUCUCCAAGUGCUGGGCACAGUGGCAGCACGAAUGUACUCAUUGUGGGCGCAGGUGCUGCUGGCCUGGUGUGUGCGGAGACACUGCGGCAGGAGGGCUUCUCAGAUCGGAUUGUCUUGUGCACACUGGAUCGGUACCUGCCCUAUGACCGAGCCAAGCUCAGCAAGUCCCUGGAUUCACAGCCCGAGCAACUAGCUCUGAGGCCCAGGGAGUUCUUCCGGGCUUAUGGCAUCGAGGUGCUCACCGAGGCUCAGGUAGUCACAGUGGAUGUGAGAAACAAGAAGGUCGUGUUCAAGGAUGGCUUUAAGCUGGAGUACAGCAAGCUACUGCUGGCACCAGGGAGCAGCCCUAAGACCUUGAGCUGCAAAGGUAAAGAGGUGGAGAAUGUGUUCACCAUUCGGACACCUGAGGAUGCCAAUCGGGUGGUGCGGCUGGCCUGGGGCCGCAAUGCUGUUGUUGUGGGAGCUGGCUUCCUGGGGAUGGAGGUGGCUGCUUAUCUAACGGAGAAGGCCCACUCCGUGUCUGUGGUGGAGCUGGAGGAUACGCCCUUCCGGAAGUUCCUGGGGGAGCGUGUAGGUCGUACCCUCUUGAAGAUGUUUGAGAACAACCGAGUAAAGUUCUACAUGCAGACAGAGGUGCUGGAGUUUCGUGCCCAUGAGGGGAAGCUGCAGGAAGUGGUGUUGAAGAGCAGCAAGGUCCUUCGGGCUGACGUCUGUGUGGUGGGCAUUGGUGCGGUGCCUGCCACAGGCUUCCUGCGGCAGAGCGGCAUUGGUCUGGAUUCCCGAGGUUUCAUCCCUGUCAACAAGAUGAUGCAGACCAAUGUCCCAGGUGUGUUUGCCGCUGGUGAUGCCGUUACCUUCCCCCUUUCUUGGAGAAACAACCGGAAAGUGAACAUUCCACACUGGCAGAUGGCUCAUGCUCAGGGGCGUGUGGCAGCCCAGAACAUGCUGGCACAGGAAGCAGAGAUCAGCACGGUGCCCUAUCUGUGGACUUCCAUGUUUGGCAAGAGCCUGCGCUAUGCAGGCUAUGGAGAAGGCUUCGACGAUGUCAUCAUCCAGGGGGAUCUGGAGGAGCUGAAGUUUGUGGCUUUUUACACCAAAGGCGACGAGGUGAUCGCUGUGGCCAGCAUGAACUACGAUCCCAUCGUAUCCAAGGUGGCUGAGGUGCUGGCCUCAGGCCGGACCAUCCGGAAGCGGGAGGUGGAGACCGGUGACAUGUCUUGGCUCACAGGGAAAGGAUCCUGAGCUUGCAUGUGGUGAACUUGGGAAGGCAUUCUGGGCGCCAGAGUAAGAGACCAAGCCCUGGGGGCAGGUGCCAAUCUCCAAUUUCCCAGGAUCUCCCAGGGCAGAAUCUGAGCCUUCCCAACACUUGCCUUCAACUGCCUGGCUCCAUCCAGAUGCGCUUCGCUGCUUCCAGAAGAUGCUCCUACCCCGAGGCCUCAGCUGUUAUUGACAGCUGGCUCUGGAGCUGGGACAGGUUCUGCCUCUCUCCCCUCUCUUAACAAUUCCUCUGGAGGACCCUGAAACAUGUUAGAAAUUACCUUAAAAAUU